AUGCCAAGAGUCGCUCCAGGGGAUAGGAAGAGGGCGAAGAAGCCUAAAACGCGAACCGGCUGCAAAACCUUUCGCCGCGUAAAAUGUGAUGAACAAAAACCAUCAUGCCUCAAGUGCACCUCAACUGGUCGCGUUUGCGACGGCUACAAUAAUGAACUUUGCAUCAAACUCUCAUCACCAGCCACCUUCACAAGAGAAACGACGCAAACUAUAUCACCGAUACGUUCUCCCUCCCUCGAGGUUCCGGGCGAUUCAAGAGAGCGACGUGCAUUGCAUUUCUUCUGUGAGAGAACAGUUCGGCAACUCAAUCCAUUCAGGGCUGACGACUUCUGGGACCUCCAUAUCCUGCAAGCAACGCAACAUGAACCAUCGAUUCGUCAUGCAAUUGUCGCCUUAGGAUCGUUACAUGAGAAGUUUGAGCAAAGCGAUGGGUUGAUACUUCCUCAGAGCGAUGACUUUGCUUUGCAGCAGUAUAAUUUGGGUAUCACUUCGUUACUAGAGCCAUUUUCUAGAGGUGGUCAGCAAAACAUGGAUGUCUGUUUGACAGCGAGUAUUUUGUUUGCUUGCUUUGAGCCAGGCUUUCAGACAUUGCAAGGACGACUUGGGCUAGCCAUUGCACACAUAAGAAGCGGCGCCAGACUUCUGUAUGAGAUAGAGUAUAAUGAAAACCAGAAAAAGCAUAAUCACAAGACACUCAAAUGCUCAUCAUCGCCAUUCGUACCUAUGGAAAUACUCGAAGACCUUUUCCUGAGAGUGUAUCUACAAAUUGUGGAGAUGGUAGGUCCAAUAACUGAUCUUCCAAUCCAUAAAAAGACCAGUCUGGGCCGUCAAGGAGGGACUCCACCAACUGCCUUCUCCUCUCUUGGGGAAGCCCGCAACUGCUUAAUCUACAAUUGGCACGAACGAACCACGCCGCGAGAGUUCAAGACUGGUAAAACCACUGAAGAUUUGCAUCGGGUGGUAGCACGGCAAAAUGAAUCACUCGCCCUCUAUGACCAGUACAACUCUGCUUUCCAGUCUUUUCUUGCUACGAAAGGCUCUGUGUUGAAUGACUCUCAACGUAAAGGUGUGCGGGUACUGGAGAUACACCACCUUGCCGCAUACGUAGCUCUCAAUUCCAAGAAAACGACCCUCGAUGUUCAGACAGUAUGGGACCAAUACGUCCCUAUAUUCGACAAAAUCGUGACUCUUGCAGAAGAAGUCACUCUUCUAGACAGCUUAGAUACAGCAGCUCCGGUCUUCUCCAUCGACAUGGGUAUAGUCGCUCCUCUCUACUCAGUUGCACACAAAUGUCGAGACCCCAUUGUCCGGCGACGAGCGAUUGCUGUUUUGAAAGCGGCGCCAAGACAAGAAGGAGUCUGGAAUUCAACUUUGGUUGCUAGAGUUUGUGAACGAGUUGUUGAUCUUGAAGAGGCGGGAUUGGGAAUGGUAACCAGUUGUGCAGACGUGCCUGAUUGGGCGAGACUAUCUGCUGUUAUACCGAUCUUUGCAGCGGAAGGUAGGAAGGCUGUUCUUACCUAUAGUCGAGGGAUGAGCCCGAACGAAUUUGUGCGAAAUACGUACGAGGAAGAGAUCGUGUGGUAG